AUGGCGAAGCCACUCAGCCUCAACGAGCGCAACGAUCGCCUCCUCCACCACCUCUCCCGCAGCCGCCCCCGGAACCCUAACCCUAAUCCGCAGCCUCGCGCCGAGGUGAGGGUGCGGAAGGUGAAGCUCGAGGGUCGCCGCCGCCUGUGCAAGCUCUCCGCCGCCGCUGAUGAUGAUGAUGAGGUCGCGGAUGGUGGGAAUUGGCUGGAUUCGCCGCCUACGGUGAAGGAGGGCGGAGGAAGUGGUGGUGGGGGUGGUUGCGACAGUAUUAGAGACAUCUUGGACGAUCUCAGCUCCCGGCUCGAGCUUCUGUCCGUGGAGAAGCCGAAGCCGAAGCCGAAGCCGAAGCAGGAGCCCGCGCCACAUAAAUCGGAGCCAGAAGUGGAGUAUAGGAGUGCCACCUCCUCUCUAUCGGAUCCGUCGCCCUCCCUUUCAAGCCCGGAUGAGGUAAAAGAGACUAAGAAUUGUGGGGAGGAAGUGAAAGGAAAAGCCCCCAAACGCCUUGUUUUAGAUGUCGAUGAAGAGGACGAGGAGGAGAAGGAAGAGGAAAGUGUGGCUUCUAAAAGCAGUUGGAAUGAAGAAUCUGAGGUUCUUGACGAUGAGAAUGAAGGGGCUUUGAGCGAUGCCCAGGAUGAAGAUGGAGAGGACUUUACCAUGGCCGGAACUGGGGUGAGCAAAUCAAGGGUUUAUAAGCUUCCUGAUAAAAUUGUUAAAAAGCUUUACCCGCAUCAACGAGAUGGGUUGAAAUGGCUGUGGUCGUUGCACUGCAAGGCAACGGGAGGGAUUCUGGGUGAUGACAUGGGUCUGGGAAAGACGAUGCAGAUUUGUGCUUUCUUGGUCGGUCUUUUCCAUUCACUCUUAAUCAGGAGGGCGCUGGUUGUAGCCCCAAAGACACUUCUAGUUCAUUGGAUGAAAGAGCUCUCAGUUGUGGGCCUCGGUGAGAAGAUUAGAGACUACUCUGGAACUAAUGCAAACGCUCGCAACUAUGAACUUCAAUACACACUCAAGGAAGGCGGCAUCCUUCUAACAACAUAUGACAUUGUGCGAAACAAUUAUAAGGCAAUACGAGGCUCUUUGUAUGCUAAUGCUGAUGACACUGAUGAAGAAAUCAUAUGGGACUAUGUAAUUCUUGAUGAGGGACAUAUUAUCAAGAAUCCAAAGACACAAAGGGCCAAAAGUCUAGUUGAGAUACCUAGUGAUCAUCGCAUUGUCAUUAGUGGAACACCAAUACAGAACAACUUGAAGGAACUAUGGGCGUUGUUCAACUUUUGCUGCCCAGAAGUCCUGGGUGAUAAGGAUGAGUUCAAAAUACGAUACGAAAAUGCAAUCCUUCGUGGGAAUGAUAAAAAUGCUUCAGAUCGAGAAAAACAUAUUGGUUCCACUGUUGCAAAGGAACUAAGGGAGCGGAUAAAACCGUACUUCUUGCGACGUUUGAAAAGUGAAGUAUUUCUGGAAGAUGAUUCUGCUAAAACAGCUAAGCUUGCUAAAAAGAAUGAAAUAAUUGUUUGGCUGAAAUUAACACCUUGCCAGAGGCAACUAUAUGAAGCUUUUCUGAACAGUGAGCUGGUUCAUUCUUCAAUACAUGGUUCUUUGUUAGCUGCAAUAACGAUAUUGAAGAAAAUAUGUGAUCACCCAAUGCUGUUGACUAAAAAAGCUGCAGAGGGUGUGCUAGAAGGGAUGGAUUCAAUGCUGAAUGAUAGAGAUAUGGGCAUGGUGGAAAGGAUGGCCAUGAGUCUAGCAGAGAUGACUGAUGAUAAUGAUUUACAAGUUGAUCGCAAUGUCUCAUGCAAAAUAUCUUUCAUUCUGUCCUUGCUGAAAAACCUGAUUGAGGAGGGACAUAUUGUGCUAAUCUUUUCCCAGACUCGGAAAAUGUUAAACAUAAUACAGGAAGCAAUACAAGAAGAAGGUUAUAACUUUUUACGCAUUGAUGGUACUACCAAAGUUUCUGAUAGGGAAAAGAUUGUGAAGGACUUCCAAGAGGGCAUCGGAGCUCCUAUUUUUCUGUUGACUUCACAAGUUGGUGGACUAGGUCUUACACUAACAAAAGCAGAUCGUGUCAUUGUGGUUGAUCCAGCAUGGAAUCCAAGUACGGAUAACCAAAGUGUUGAUCGUGCUUAUCGGAUCGGACAGACAAAGGAUGUUCUUGUGUACCGUCUAAUGACAAGUGGAACAAUUGAGGAGAAGAUAUACAAGAUGCAGGUCUUCAAAGGUGGCCUAUUUAGAACUGCAACAGAGCACAAAGAGCAAACUAGGUACUUCAGCAAGAAGGAUAUACAAGAGCUAUUUAGGCUCCCGGAGCAAGGGUUUGAUGUUUCAGUAACUCAAAAGCAAUUACAAGAGGAGCAUGAUAAGCAACAUAAUAUGAGUGAUUCUUUGAGGAACCAUAUAAAGUUUCUGGAGCAACAAGGAAUAGCUGGUGUUAGCCACCACAGCUUGCUCUUCUCGAAAACCGCAGUUGUGCCUUUAGUGCAUGAGGAUAACGAAAUACAGAGCAAAGUAAAAGAUCGAAUUAUAAGAAGCUCAAUGUGGCAUUCAUCAUCUGAACAUGUAGCCCACGGAGCACAGUAUGCAUUUAACCCGAAAGACCCGAAAUUCACUUCCAGAACAUAUAGCUCACGAACUUUCACUGAUGAAGUCAGAGAUAGCCCGGAAGAUAUUGAGGGGAAGAUUAAGCGGCUUUCUCAUACUUUAACUAACAAGGACUUGAUUGCAAAACUUCCCGACCACGGGGAUAAGAUUAGGAGGCAGAUACUUGAACUGGAGCUACAGCUCCAUUCAGUGGUAGAGUCUACUCAUGAUCAUUCGCCGAAGACAAAGGAGAAAGCGGUAAUUUGUAUAGAUGAUAUAGCCUCGGAAUUUGAACAAAUAUUAUCGGUUUAGCCGUUGUUGAUUUGAUCCAGUUGCAUAGUCAUUGUAUGCCAAUGAGUUUGCGGUUCAUAUUCUCCUCCACUUCAAGUGAUGAAGGGUUCACUUUUAUGAUCAUAUCUUAUAUAUAUAUAUAUAUAUAUAUAUAUAUAUAUAUAUAUAUUGUAAAAAUUGAUGUUGCGCUAAUCGCAAAAAACAGCUUCUCUGUUUGUAUGUUCUGCUGUAUGCAAAAAGAAAAACUAUUUCUUUUCCUGAGCUUUGCUUUAGUUGAGAGGUCUCACUUGUUGUUGAAUGCUUUAUCUGCGCUACUGCAGCAGCUCGGAGUUUGUCCAAUAAUGAGAAAGUGGUCACUUUCAAAAGUUUCAACACCUUAUAUCUAUCAA